GCCGCUGCAGGCUGUGUUGUCCAACAUGGCCCAGGCGAGCCAGCUCAGGACGGCUCUGGAGAGCACGCUGAAUGAGAUCUUCAGGGUGACAGUGACAGAUAUUCUCCGCUCGUUUGAGCCAACUCUGCUGGAAUAUGAAGGCAAAAUGCAGAAGAUGGAGGCGGAGAACGAACGUCUGCGGCGGCUGUUGUUCGGGCUGGAGGCUGCAGGCCGAGGUGUGAUGGCCCCCACUGCACCCACAGAGAGUUUGACUUCAGAUCGGAACAGUCUACUUCCCAUCAGCCCCUCACCUGGCUUGUUCAAGGUGUCAAUAUGCAGCAGCGACAAAAAAAGUUCCAGGAGGAAGCACAAGGAUAAGAUGAGGAGUAGCGUGUCUGCUCUUCAGUCUAAUCAUCUGCUGGAAUCAUUAUCUCAGAGCCCAUCAUGCACCAAUUCAUCCACACAAACCACACAGACUGUGAAGGAGGAGUCUAGCUUUUGGUCAAGGAGUGCAGUUGACCUUACACCUUCAUCUUUGCUCCCUCUGAAGACUGAAGACUCAGAGCUCAUGCUGGACUGUAAAGAUGAGUUUCCUCCUGCUCUCUCAUUUGAAGACUUUCAGGAACCUUUGAGGAGUGAUGUAGCUGUCAAACCUGACUGCUUUGGAGAUUCCAAUGAAGGAUUUGUCAAGGAGGAAGACGAGGAAGAGGAAGUGCAGUCUGACAGGUGGAGCUGUUAUCCAAAGUUAGAGGUUUCGGCCGAUGAAACAAAUCUCGGAGAAGCAAACCCCCAUUUAGCUGAGCUUCCUGAAAAUGUUGACAUGAACAUCCAGGACAAUCUUUACUCUUGUCCCCACUGUCCGGAAACAUUUAAUGAUGAGAACUCCCUCGACCUCCAUGUGGCGACCCACACUGGUGAGAAGAUGUAUACCUGUAGCUACUGCAACAAACAUUUUAAACGUGCUGAUCUCCUCAGGUCGCACCGACUCACCCACACCGGGGAGCGUCCGUACAGCUGCAGCAUCUGCUCCAAAACGUAUGCACAUUCCAGUCAGCUGAGGAUUCACAAGCGCCUGCACACGGGAGAGAAACCGUACGCCUGCACUCACUGCGACAGGCGCUUCAAUGAGCUCAACCAGCUCAAAGUCCACCUGAGGACUCACACUGGAGAGAGGCCGUACAGCUGCCAGGACUGUGGGAAGACCUUCAGCAACACUGGGAAUCUGCGCAUUCACGAGAGGAUCCACACAGGGGAGAAGCCAUACUGCUGCACUCACUGUGGGAAGAGGUUCAACGGCCUGGGGGACCUGAAGACUCACCUCAGGAUCCACACUGGCGAGAGGCCCUACCGCUGUGAGCUGUGCCAGAAGACUUUCAGCCAGACCGGUCACCUGACAAUCCACAUGCGGAUGCACACGGGAGAAAGACCCUACAGCUGCAAAGUCUGUGACAAAAAGUUCACGGUAGCCAGCAGCCUCAAACUUCACGAGAGGAUCCACACAGGAGAGAAGGAGUUCAGCUGCUCAGUCUGCAACAAGAGCUUCAGUCGACUGGCCCACAUGAAGCGACACGAGCAGGUUCACACCGGGGACAAGGUUUAUCUCUGCAACCAGUGUGGGAAAAGCUACAGUGACCAGUCGUCGCUGAACAAACACAUUAAGGUGCAUCACCACAAGCGUGAAGAAAACCCUUCUGGGUCCUCAUCACCUUAAAAGGGGAUUUGAGUUGUUAUCCUGCAGCAGAUUAGUUUUUAUCAUUGAAGGUCCCUCGAUAUAUAUAUGUACUAUAUAUUUUAUUUUUAUGAUUCUGUUUAUUUAUUAAAAUGUGAAUAUUUCAUUUAAAAGAUGCAGAUCUACUCAGCUGCGGUUUUAUUCGUGAAUACACCUAUUGCUCUCCUUGAUAUCAUCAUGAAUCAGUCAUGAUGUUGCCGCUCAAGCAGGCUGACAUGAGGAUCAGGCUUUCCUGGGAUUGGUCCGAUCCAGGCUCAAAUAAAGUAGUAAAAGAAACAAAGGUUUCACUGCUGAGUUGUUCGAGAAAAAGCUGAUGGAAAAAUCUGCUGUAAUAUAGAAUGUGUAAUUUAUAUAUAAGGCCUGUCGGCAGUCUGUAUCCUUGCCUGUGUUAGCCAGAGGUUAAAAGGAAAAUAAAUUGUUUGAUCGUAGAGCAGCCCACGUUUUGUGUUUCUCUAGAGAGUAUAUACACAAUCUGUCAGUCUACCUCCAGGUUGCUUAAAUGUUCUUAUGUACUCAUUUGCUGUUCUCAAUGUGUUGGUGUUAAACGUAUAGCACUGAACAAAUUAGAAUGUUCUAGCAAUGGUUUCAUUCAAAUCUUGGAAAGCAGAUGAUCCACCCUUGAAAUGUCUGUCACGACUGUUUGAUCGAUUUAUUAAUUUUCACAACUGGGCUUUAGAUGCAACAUGUGAAUUGUCUUGAUGUUACUUGUGUUCACAUAUGACCAGCACAUGUCCCGCCUGGAAAGUGGAUGUGUUUCUGGUCAUUAGACUUUCAAAAGAAACUGGAAAUAGAUUUGUUUUAUUCUUGCUGCUGCCUUGCAGUUUCAACAAUAAGACAGUUCAUUGUUUGUCAUUUUACAUAAUAAACUGUGUUGAAUUCAACAACUGUCUUUUAUUUAUUUUUUUCACACCUAUGCAAAAAACUAUGUAUUGACGUAUAGUGAGUUAUACUGCACACUGCCUGUUAUUCAUAUGUGAUGAUGUUAUUUAUGUUGGUUUAUAAAUCCUUUUUUCAUAUUUUAUUAUUCUACUGCAGAGAUGGCACAAUAAAAACAAGUCUUUUCAGAAGUCAAUAACAUACUGUGU